UCAUCUGAAGUGAUCUAUUCCUGUGGAUCUGAUUGUGUCAUCCUGCUCAUUUAACCACGGCAAUCAUGAAUAGAUCCACACAAGAGCUCUUCUUGAACUUUAUGGUGGUUUUGAUGACUGUGCUACUUAUGUGGCUACUUGUUAAAUCCUAUCAGGAGUGAGAAACUGUCUUCAAUGUAAAACU